CCGUGAACGCAGCAUGACACAACAACGAAGAUGGCGUGUUGUGGGAACUGUUUUUGUUGCCAAUGCUGCUGCAGAGAAGGAGAGACACGGACCCCCGAGGAACUGGCGAUCCUUGGGGAAAUCCAAGUUGAAGAAGAUGAGAUUCUACCCAGGAAAGACUAUGAGAGCUUGGAUUAUGACCGCUGCAUCAGUGAACCCUACAUGGAGAUUCUGGAGGGGAUGAACAGCAAGAAAACCAAAAAGUAUGAAGCGGUUCGGUGGAUGAUGAUGUUUGCUAUCGGAGUCACCGUGGGUCUGGUCGGCCUGUUUGUGGAUUUCUUCGUGCGCCUCUUCAGCCAAAUCAAAUUCACUCUGGUCGGUGAUUCUAUAGAGAAGUGCAGCGACAAAGGCUGUCUCCCUCUGUCCCUGCUGGAGCUCCUGGCCUUCAACAUGACCUUCGUCUUCAUCGCCAGCGUGCUCGUCCUCAUCGAGCCAGUCGCUGCAGGUUCGGGGAUCCCAGAAAUCAAAAGUUACCUCAACGGAGUGAAGAUUCCCGGAAUCGUCCGGCUGCGAACGUUUCUCUGCAAAGCUGCCGGAGUCCUGUUCAGUGUGGCUGGAGGUCUGUUUGUGGGGAAAGAAGGUCCGAUGAUACACAGUGGAGCCAUUGUGGGAGCUGGCCUUCCUCAGUUUCAGAGCAUCACUUUCAAAAGGAUCAAAUUCGAUUUUCCCUACUUCCGCAGUGACAGGGACAAGCGAGACUUUGUGUCAGCGGGCGCUGCUGCUGGAGUAGCUGCUGCCUUCGGUGCUCCUAUCGGUGGCACGCUCUUCAGUCUGGAGGAGGGCUGCUCUUUCUGGAACCAGGGCCUCACUUGGAAAGUGCUCUUCUGUUCGAUGUCGGCCACUUUCACCCUCAACUUCUUCCGUUCUGGGAUCAACUUUAACAAGUGGGGCUCCUUCCAGCUGCCCGGUCUGCUCAACUUUGGAGAGUUCAAGUGUUCAGAUGGAGAUAAGAACUGCCACCUGUGGACAGCAGUGGACCUGGCCUUCUUUGUCCUGAUGGGGGUGGUGGGUGGCCUGCUGGGGGCGCUCUUCAACUGCAUGAACAAGAGCCUGGCCAAGUAUCGCAUCAGACACAUCCACCCCAAGGCCAAGUUUAUCAGAGUUCUAGAGAGUCUACUGGUUGCCAUGGUAACAACAGUGGUGAUAUUUGCAGCUUCCAUACUGUUGGGUGAAUGCCGUGAGCUGUCCUCCCCGACAACCCAUAACACCACGCUGUCCGGCAGUGAGGACAUCAACUCAACCAUUCGCCAGUUCUUCUGCACCAACAAGACCUACAAUGACAUGGCCACGUUGUUCUUCAACCCGCAGGAGGCUGCCAUCCAUCAGCUCUUCCACCAGGAUGGUACCUUCAGCCCUGUGACUCUGUCCGUGUUCUUCUUGCUGUACUUCCUGUUGGCCUGCUGGACCUACGGUUUGUCUGUACCCAGUGGUCUCUUUGUCCCCUCGCUGCUCUGUGGGGCGGCGUUUGGACGUCUGGUUGCCAACAUCCUCAAAGUGAAACUGGGAAUGGACAUCUACUCUGGGACCUUCGCUCUCAUCGGAGCUGCCGCCUUCCUCGGAGGCGUCGUCAGAAUGACCAUCAGUCUGACUGUCAUCCUCAUUGAAUCCACCAAUGAAAUCACAUACGGGCUGCCCAUCAUGAUCACGCUAAUGGUCGCCAAGUGGACUGGAGAUUUCUUCAACAAGGGCAUCUAUGACAUCCACAUCGAGCUGAGAGGAGUGCCACUGCUGGAGUGGGAGACUGAGGCUGAAAUGGACAAGCUGACGGCCAGCGAUAUCAUGGAGCCCAACUUGACCUAUGUGUACCCCCACACCCGUGUCCAGUCUCUCGUCAGCAUCCUGCGCACCACCGUCUACCACGCCUUCCCGGUGGUCACUGAAAACCGGCAGAACGAACGGGACUUCAUGAAGGGCAACAUCCUGGUCAGCAACAACAUCCACUUCAAGAAAUCCAGCGUUGUGUCCCGUGCGGGGGAACAGCGGCGGCGCUGCCAGUCCAUGAAGUCCUACCCGUCCAGCGAGCUGCGAAACGUUUGUGACGAACAGAACGCCGCGGUGGAGCCCGCAGAGGAGGGAGAGGACCUGCUGCAGCAGAUGUUAGAGAGGAGGUACGCUCCGUACCCGAACCUGUACCCGGACCAGUCCCCCAGUGAGGAGUGGACCAUGGAGGAGCGCUUCAGACCGCUCACCUUCCACGGCCUCAUCCUGCGCUCACAGCUGGUCAACCUGCUCAUCAGAGGGGUCUGCUACGCUGAGAACCAGUCGAGUGCCGCUCAGCCCCGGUUGUCCUAUGAAGAGAUGACUGAAGAUUACCCACGUUACCCGGACAUCCAUGACUUGGACCUGGCCCUGCUCAACCCCCGCAUGAUAGUGGAUGUCACCCCCUACAUGAACCCGUGUCCCUACACCGUGUCGCCCAACACACACAUCUCGCAGGUGUUCAACCUGUUCAGGACCAUGGGCCUGAGACACUUACCAGUUGUUAACGCUGUCGGAGAAAUUGUUGGAAUAAUCACGAGACAUAAUUUAACCCACGAGUUCCUCGUGGCCAAACUGCGACAGCACUGCAUCACCAUUUGACCUGACUGUGGAUGUUGUUCCCCGGGGCUCUGUCCAGCCUCGGCCCUGAACAUCGGUCUCUGUCCAUUCCUGAUAGCAUGCACACGUUCCCCGCGGUACGAUAGGGAAGACCCUUCUCCGCUAACAUUCAGUUGUAUUUCACUCAAGUCUGAUAUUGUCAAUGACUUAAGGCUACGUUCACACCGCAAGUCUUAAUAACCUUCGAUUUUUCUGUGUUCAAAAUGUUUUUAUUUGGUAUUCCAGCAGACGAUCAUUUUGCAACUACACUUUUUUGCAAACAUAAAACUGACAACUUAACAAAAAUACAUCUCUCUCUCAAUCUCCAACCCCACCCAAAAGUGCUAUCCAGUGGUAAAGGCAGGUAAUGAAGGCGUACAGAUUAAUCACUAGCUUGCAAAAAAGAAAUAAAAGGGGACCACGUUUUUUUCAAAUAACAAAAUCUUGUCUUUUAGAGCAUACCUAAUUCUUUCUAAAUGUAGCGUACCAGUCAACUCUGUCAGCCACAGUUUAAGAGUUGGAGCUUCCUUUUUCUUCCAAAACAGAAGAAUAAGUUUCUUAGCAGAAAUUAAACCAUAUGAAACAAAAUGUUGUUGCACCAGUGUAAGUCUCAAAAACUCCUCAGAAACUCCAAGUAUAAUUUAAAAUAGGAUCUGGUUCAAAAUGUAUGCCCAGUGCAUCUGAAAAAACCUGGAAAAUCUUAUUCCAGAAACUUUGUAAUUUUGGACACAUAACAUAGCAAUGAGACAGGCUGGCAUCUAUGAUUUGACAUUUGUCACAUAAAGAAAAAAAAAUGUUUUGUUCAGUUUACACUUAGAAUAACGAAGCCUAUGAAGCACUUUCAACUGAAUAAGACAAUGUCUUGCAUUGCAUUGUGAACAAGUUCAAGGCUGCUUUCCCAUAUUUCGCUAGGGAUUUUAAAAGCUUGAUUUUUCUGUUUGUCUGUUCACAUGACCUUUUUAAAAUGUGGCCUAAAUCAGAUUCCAGUGUGAACUGUUGUGCGGUUUCGAACUGACCCGCAUGCGCAAA